GGAAAGAAGAAGACGGUGACGGAAAUACCAGAGACGAAAACCUUUUCUCCGAUCCCCAGCGUUAGGUUCAGCGCUGCCUCUGAAAUUCCCGGCGGCUAUUUCGGUUCCGAUCCGCUCAUUGGAACAUAACUCUCCGUUGGGAAGAAUUCGGAGUUCGGAUUGAAGGUUAAGACGUUGAAUAUUGAGAUAAAUUAUGGUUCACCACUCUAGCUUUGUAGAUGAGGAAGGAAUAAGCAAGGCUUGUGGAUGCCCCUUACUUCCUUUGAAAAGUCAUAUAAAGGGUCCUGCUCCAGUUUCAGAUCAAGAUAAGACUGAUAUUGUUGAUGAAGCAAUUACAUUCUUUCGUGCCAAUGUUUUCUUUAGAAAUUUUGACAUCAAGAGUCCUGCUGAUAAGCUUCUCAUCUAUUUGACAUUCUACAUCAAUGUGGCUUUGAAGAGGCUUGAAGGUUGCAGAACUUUGGCUGUGGGAACUAAGGCAAUAAUUAACUUGGGCUUGGAGAAUGUUCCCGUGCCUGGAGAGUUGGGCUUUCCCUUUCCUGGACUCUUCCCCAUCCCUCAAUCUAAUGAGGAAGCAGAGCUAUUCAGGAAUUAUUUGAGGCAAAUAAGAGAAGAAACAAGUGGGAGACUCUUGAGUGUUGCCUAUAGAGCCAAUGGGACUCCAAAUAAAUGGUGGCUAGCAUUUGCAAAGAGGAAGUUUAUGAACAUCAUCAUUCCUUGACCAAUUUGCUUCCAAGAUUAUUGAUGUAAACACAUGCACCGCAUGGACUUCUAUGAUCAUGUGGUUUCUACUGCCCCUUCAGGAGUUAGUUUGUAAUGUACUGAGUCUGAAUGUUAUUUUAGUUUAUGCUAAUGCAUGUCAGUAUAAAUUCUGUCAUUUCACAAGUUUUGUACAUUAAUCACACCACUCCAUCUUGUUCAGAAGGAAUAGUUCCUUUCCAUGGUUCUCAUUGAAUU